CUGUCGGAUAAUUGCACGCGAUUAAGAGGGUUGGCCAUAAUUGGACCCAAUUGACCUGAUUCCAAUUGCGAGCAUAUGAUUUUGUCUAAGCCAUUGACAACAAUGUUAUAACCACUAUUGGAUAUGAUUUUCUUGCUUUUACUUUGACGGGUUCAUGGCGCCUUAUUUACACUUGUAGCAUGUCCUCUUCCAAACCGCCUUCCAGUGAUUUGCGUCCUCCAUCACUCCAACGACGAACCUCCCUGGCAAAGGGAAGCCACCCCACACCUACGGCGGUCACUUGGAAGGCUUCAGCCGAUUCGGUACCCUCCUUCGCCGCGAGAUCAGCUCGGCAUCCAAAAGCAGCUCGUGAAGUCGACAGCUCGACGGACCAAAGCACCGAUGCUACCACGCAGGCGAUCCAGAAAGCCCCUGGCUUGGCCAUGGAGGACUUACUGAGACCUACCAUCUCGAUCAAGCCUCACCCUCCUAACCUUCAAACAAAGCCUGUGCAGUUGCAGCCGCUUAUGCUGCUGCCUCGAGAAUGCCUAUCUUUGGCAUAUAUCGACCUGGCAGCUCCGUACGGCGAGCUUCCCUCCUGCCGGUUCUUUGAGUCACGUAUACGGAUCAUGGAGUUGGAAAGUCGCCUUGGGUCAAAUGUACUUGUGGCUCGUUCGGACCUGAACAGACAUACUACGUAUGCAAUAGAACGGCACACAAAUGGUCAUUAUGUGGUUUGCAGACUAGGGGACUGGGUGCAUAUGGAAGAGCUGGCCCAGCAAGCCACUGUAUGCUGCAGGGAACGCUUGAGCAAGACAGGUCUCCUAUCAAAGACGCCCGCUGUUGUAGCAAAGCCAGCUGGACCGACACUCCACGUUCCUCAGUUGUACAAGGCGAGCAAUCGAAAAAGACAAGCUAUCGAGGAUCUACAGUCACUUUGCAGAAAACGACCAAGGUCACCAUCGGCAGUAGGGCCCUCAUCACAGGAUCAGGCUACAGCUUGCCACCUACCAACGCCUAUCGAUGAUGGUUUAUAUGGCACACAUGAGCAUGGAUAUCCUGCUGCCUCACAGCCUUCCGAAGCUGCUCCAACGGUAGUCUCGCAGAUGGUCAACCCAAGUCGGCAGGUUUCUGAACUUCCAGUCACCACAGAUGCCCCCAAGACAGCCGAGGAAAUAUUUGCCAACAUCAAGAAUCAUUAUUUCGAGGCUCUUUAUCAUUCUAAGGGAAAUCUUGCCUAUUUCCCGAAAGGGCCUUUGUCCAGGGCAAGAGCAGCUUUCAAUCUGAACAUCGAUGGCAUACUCGAGAUGCCAGACUUGAUUGAUUUUCUCAAGAGUAUGGUAUUAACUACAGUGUCCAUCGACAAAAAGUAUCUGAGUACCAUUCCAAAUACGCUUGAUCAGAUGAAGAGAUUCGUGGACAGUUCAGAUGACGGGGGAGAGAAGGUCAAGAAGAAGAAAUCCAAAAAGUUCAAGCUUGGCAAGAACGGACUUUAUAGUAACGAAGAUGAAGACGUGAAGAAGUGGUGGAUUGCGACGAAACCUGAACUCAAGGACGAUGAAGUUUCGGUUGAGCCGCAGCACAUGCGAUAUCACAUAUCGUGCUUGCGGAGAAGGGAGACACUGUUACAAAUGAUUUUGAUCAUGGAGAUACUGGCACUCGAGGCGGCACGGCCCCCGGAGAAUCCCGCUGACGUUCAGCUUCCUGGUCUUGAUCCAAUGCCAACAGCUGUGGUGUCGGAGACCAGCGGGCACAAGAAAAAAAGGAACAAGCACAACUAUCCAGUACUGCUCGACGUACAUGCCGACCGCUUAUGCAUUUGGGAGUCGAUCACUCUCGAUGAGGUGAAAGCCCUAGCUGAAUCACAGACACAUGAAGACGAAGCGGAAGUGUCUGACAAGCCCUUGAGAGACUUUUGCACCGAUAUCAUUGUGCCGUUCUUUUCGGCACGGUUACCUGAAAUCUGUGAAAGUUUGAACCGCAAGCUCGGUGGGCCGGUGAAACAGUCACCGAGAAAACCAAAGCGCGAGAAGCCAGUUUCUUCCGCAAGUACAAAGACUAAGAUAAGCAGUAAGCCUGGCGCCGUGACUAAGAGAACUGGCACUGGAAAGUCUGCUACUUCGAAGUCUUCUGCACGGAGCUUGGAGCGUGUACUUUCCAACGACAAGCUCCGCCGUAGCGUCUCCAGAGGACCAUGCGAUGCUCUGGCACAUCUGCGACAUGCAACUGUAGCACACGUCCCAGGGCUUAAACGGGAGUCAAGCGAGUCCAGAUCUUUUAGCGAAAGCAGAUCAUUGAAAGAUGCGGUUGACUCACUCCAAGAUGACCAGUCAUCUGCCACUGGCGGCUCAAAGGAGAAACAGGUACCACAACUGAUGCACUCAAGAAGCUCUAGCUUUACCAACGCCGACGAUGCAAGGGCGAAGAAGAAGGCCAUGGUUGAUGCCGAGCUUAGGAACGCAAUAUCGGCUCUCAAAAAGCCAAACCGCUUGCUUGCAGGCAAAGUCAUGGUGGAAGAGACUGAGAAGCGUCUGUUUGGAGGACCUACCUAUGUUUCGAAUACUAGGAAGCUGGCCCAGAGCCCCGUAAACCAUGUUCAGGUCAAGGCAACGCCUGCAAACGUCAGAUUCAGGGAUGUGCUUGAUGUGGCGGAUGAAGGCGCAUUGCAAUAUGGCAAGGGUUUCAAGCUUUCUCGUGGCCGUUCGGUAACGCAGCCGGCAGCAGCGAUGGCCUCACUCUUGGAAGAACCGGCCCAGGUUGGUGCAACACCCCGUCAUGUGGCCAACACACCAUCGCCGAGCCAGACCCCAAGACAACGGGAUGCCGUGCCAAAUUCAUCGCCAUUGCAGGCAAGGAAGGUUGCACCGCGGCCACAAAUGCAACAAUCGUCUGAGUGGCGGCAAAAGACCAAAUCGCAGCCUGCUCCUUUCGCUCGGGACUUGUUGCAACCCACUGGCAUGUCAGAUCUUGUGCCAGCAUCCUCGCCACACCAGCCCUUGCUUACCGCUCCGGGGCUUACAGGCGUCAACGACGAUCCUCUAGUAGUGGCCGUGGCUACUACGCCGUCAGGCAAGGACCGGAUGUCGACCACACAACGGCAACAUCCCCGGUCGGGGUCGUUGCUGGAAACCCCUGUCAAGAAGGCGCGGAAUAUGUUGAUAGACGAGUCACCCUCUCCAUGCCAACCGGCUCUGUUGAUGUCGGGUGGCCGAGCUGGGAUCAAGCCUCACCAGCCUGCUCACCUGGUUUUCCUGUCACCAGCCCGAAGACGCAUUUCUGCAGACGCUAGUGUCGGUCUUGCAAAAGAAACUGAAGGGCCUGCAGCUGGGGGCUCUACCAAACCAAAAUCGAUAUACCAGCAGCUGGGCUGGGACGACGACUUGGAUGAACUUUUAUGAUAAUUGGGUAUGUGUUAUGAGACGGUUGCGAAUAGGAUGUUCCGUCCGACGCAACCUUCUAAAGAGGAUAUGUUUACUUAAUAGUCUCUUGGUUGGGUUUCGAAAGCAUAUGCGGCGUUUGUGCAGCGAUUCGAUCGUCCACGAAAUUAUCAAAGCAUGUUUUAACGAUGUAGUCUUCUUAUGCCUGAUGGUUUUGCAUUCACUUGGCUUGGGUAGAUAGUAUUUGUGAUCAGCCUUGGAAGCGCGUCAGAAACACUUUGAUACCAUCCGGACUCAGUCGCUGUUGACUGGGUAGAAAAACAACGAAGAAGCACCAGUGCCUGUGAGGGUCUGCAUCGUUACGAUUUGUUGGCAUGAACGUGGGCAAAGUGCCAAUCUAUUUAUAAUAAAGUCGUUCCAUC